AUGCAGUCACUUGAUCAUCAGGAGGCCAUUCUUCAAAGACUUGACGGCGUAACUCAGGUGCCACGACCAGAACAAAGCACUCCAGCCCACGCGCUAUUCCAGCAUCUCGCCCACAGAGGAGGACUGGAUAAUUACGCGACAGACUCUAUCCGAUGGAAAACUCUGCAUAGCUCUACCCUCAAUCGUGUCGCCACAGGUCAAGGAGAGAUGGUUAUCCCCCCAGCAAUAGAAAACAAGCUUCAACAGCAGUUCUUGUCUACGGUUCUUGGCACAGACGGCAAGAAUCAACGACAGUCUCAAAUCCAUGAAGCUCACAAGCGCACAUUUGAGUGGAUUUUCGACGAAAACGUUGAAGCAGAGCAUCCAUGGGACAAAUUUGUCGAAUGGUGCGAGAAGGAUUCCCUGCUGUACUGGAUUACAGGCAAGGCUGGCUCUGGGAAGUCAACACUGAUGAAAUUCAUCUCUCAACAUCCUCAACUCAUGAAGCACCUCCAGGUCUGGUCUAAUGGUGCGCCAGUCACCAUUGCUUCAUUUUAUUUUUGGGCGUCGGGAACCGCGAUGCAAGCAUCUUCCGAAGGACUGUUUCGGUCCCUGCUCUACCAAUUGCUGGACCAGCACAAACACAUCAUUCCUAAACUCGCGCCUCAGACAUGGGAGGGGACCUAUCUAUUCGGAGCGCCAAUGCCAAUGGUUCAGGCCGAUGACCUGCGAAGAAUGCUGGGUUUUACGGUUCGUGAAGUGGGCAAAACCUCGAGGAUCUGUCUUAUCAUUGAUGGCUUGGACGAGUUCGGGGGGAGUACAGAUGAUGUCCUUGACACCAUUGAGGCUUUCACCUCGCAUUCCAUCAAGGUUUGCGCUGCCAGCCGUCCUUGGGUGGCUUUUGAGGAGUCAUUCUAUCAGAAGCCACAACUGCUACUUCAAAACUUGACUCGUCAAGACAUGGAGGAGUACACUCAGUCCGCGCUACGAGGGAACCGUGGUUUUAGGCGCCUUCGAGCGCGCGAGCCCGACUUUGCGGAGCAACUCGCGAAGAAUAUUGUGGACAAAGCUGAUGGUGUCUUCUUAUGGGUGUGUCUUGUUGUGAAAUCGCUUUUGACCGGACUGAACAAUGACGACCGAAUCAGCGAUCUCCAAGGAAGGUUGGAUGCCUUGCCUCCUGACUUGGAAGAUCUCUAUGACGCAAUCAUCAAAACAUGGGAUACCUUCUACUUUGAACAUGCCGCUCAAUAUUUUGAAUUGAAAAAGGCACACACAGGCGUGUUAGAAGCGCGAAUCCUGUUUCUCGCAGACGCAGAAAAUAUUUCUCAGGCCAUCGAGAUGGACAAUCGACCAAUCUCACAGGAGGAAUAUGAUUCGCAGCUUUCUACAAUCAGGCGGCGCCUCAACAGCCGUUGUAUGGGCCUGCUCGAGGUAACCAGUAUUGGAGAUGCUCUGCAGCCACAUCCAGUUGAAUACCUUCAUCGAACUGUCAAGGACUAUCUUAGGAGACACGAUGUCCAAGCUCGGCUGCAGGCCGCCACGGAACUGUUCGAUCCAUAUCUGCAACUGUGCGCAGCAUACUUGCUAUCUAUAAAAUCAAUGCCCUCCUACAUCACCGGGCAAGAUCGGAAGAUUGAUAUCACGUUGCGGGCCUUCGGGGUUAUGGUGUCCGCCCGGUGGGUUGCGACAGGAAAUACUGAAAUCAUGGUAGAGAUUCUCGACAAGGUGGCACUUCCUUUGGAGAAAGAGGGUGUUCUUCAUAAUCAGGAACGAUCUCCUUGGUGGCAAAACGCUACCUUCUCGAGCCACUAA